CGGUAGAUGGGUAUGGAUAUGCGGUGUUGUGGUGCGGUGCAUGGUGUGUCGUUGGAUGGGAAAGAGCGAGAAAAUAUCUUUUCAAGAAAAAAAAAUUGAAUAAAAUAACCCAUAAUGACCGUCUUGUUGGCAUUCCUCAUCCCCUUCGUCGCCGUCCUUCUCGUCGUGGGCUUGCGGUUCGCAAAUCCCUGUCCACAACGGCAACAGCAGGACAAUGACCCCAAGUGCAUGGCAGCGUAUCCCGCACAGCCCAUCAAGGGCCGGGAACGAUACCGUGUGAUGAUGGAUAUCCGCAGACUGGACGAGCAGAACUGGCUGACCGUCGAUGGUAAAUAUCCGGACGAACACAAGGUCAGAACCCAAUUGCUCGAGGAGAAGAAGGGCCAAGUACUCCAAUGCCUUCCGGAAUCGUACGAGGCGUGUCUCGAGGCGCUGGAAGAGGUCGUUGAGUUCCUCUGUCACCGGUACCCGAACAUGUUCAAGAAGGAGAGCAAUGGGAAGACCAAAACCGUGCACAACAAGAUGACCGGGGAAAUAUUCGCUUACGGUGGUGACGACGGGUCCGCCCAACUCGAUCCGCUUGAGAUCGCUGUACGACUCACAAUGGAGGAUCUGAGCAUCCUGAUGAAGAAUGACGACGAAGAGUAUUACCUGGCCGCCAGCGCAAGUCUAUUCCCGGUAGGAUGGACAGUUCAGCAACGAAUUGGAUGGACAAUUACCCAACUUCACGGACCGGUGCCAUUGUGGCAACAACAGGUCGGCAACUCUGUCUGCAAAUUCUUCUGCCGUCUAACCCCAUCCUCCCCCAUGGAACGCUCCAACUACUUCGUCGAGGUAAAAAGACCCAACGAAAACCUCCUCGACACCCUCUACCGGCCCACAUCACUCUUCGAGGUAGACGGGGAGCCGACGCCGCAGAACAUCAUGAUCCGUCGCGAGAGACAGACCUUCCGCAGACUCCCCCGCACAGGCACAAUUCUGUUUGGCGUCAGGACCUUCCUAACUCCGCUCGACGAGCUGCCGUUGCAGGAACUGCAGAAUCUAGCCAAGGAAGUUAAGAGCUGGCCUCACUUUGUGGGCGAGUACAAGGGGAAGGAUAUCUGGGGGAGAAAGAUGUUAGAAUUUUGCGAGAAGAGGACUAGGGAGGAGGCUGAGGUGAGGGAGAAGACCUUGGUUUGACCUUUCUUGUUUUCGUGUUUUUCGUGUCUUCGGGUUAUUUCAAUCUGUCCAUUGCUUAUGGGAGACAACAAAAUGGGCGGCUGUCUGAUCUACCAUUUAUUUCGCAUAUCGUUUUUUUUUAAAAGAAGCGCACUUCAAAAAAGUUGGCGGUCUUCUGCUUUGUUCCUUGUUGCAUGUUCUUUCAUUUCUCUGUCUUCUCGUGACUUUCAAGACCUUCUUAUGCUUGUCGAAACUGUACCGAGUCAUUGCUGCAUCCACAGAAUGCUUUUCCCUUUCCCACAUCAAUGUCCUCCGACUGCAUCUGCAUCAUUGAGUAGAUAUGAACAUUCAUUCUACUAGGAAUCUACGAAAAUAGGGUUGAAGCUGGAAACUAAGCUGCUCAAGUCCCAGAAAUUUAGCUAGCCAAAACUCCGUUUGCAAGGCCGAUACAGUCCAUGGAAAAUUAUUUCCGAAUAACGUCCGCUUCCUUCGAUCAUGGCUUAGAUACAAA